ACGAUGGGCCAGCCGACGGCAGCGGCCGUCGUCACGGUGGCUGCUGCUGCAACCGCGGUAGCCACCCUUCUUUGGCCGGCGUCAUCCCACAAAGACAGCAAGGCUAUAGAUGCGUUGGAGACAGCGCUCCACGACCUCCAGCAGCGGCACGCAUCGACCGCAUCCAUCGACAACCACGACGACUGGGAGAAGUCCUUGGACUGGGCACUCGCUGCUAUUGUCAGCAUUCAAGUCAUGCACGUCGCGUCGUUUGAUGGUGCGUCGCCCGCCUGCUCCGUGGCCACAGGGUUUAUCGUGGACCGAACGCGGGGUCUCAUCUUGACCAACCGCCACGUGGUCACUCCUGGCCCCGUCGUCGCCGACGCCGUGUUUGUCAACCACGAAGAGGUGCCGCUCGUCCCGAUCUACAGAGACCCCGUCCACGACUUUGGGUUCUUCCGUUUCGACCCGGCCCAAGUCCGCUUCCAAACCGACCUGCCCGAAAUUCCACUCCGGCCAGACUUGGCCAAAGUCGGCACGCCGAUUCGCGUCGUCGGGAACGACAACGCGGAAAAGGUGCAGAUUCUUCCUGGAAUCUUGGCCAAACUCGACCGCGCCGCACCGCAGUACGGCCUUACCGGGUACAACGACUUCAACACGUUCUACUACGCCGCCGCGAGCAGCACGAGCGGUGGGUCGAGUGGGUCCCCCGUGCUGAAUGCACAGGGCAUGGCCAUCGCCCUCAACGCAGGCGGCGCGACCAAUGCUGCGUCGUCGUACUACCUCCCGUUGGACCGCGUCACGCGCGCUCUCAAGUUGUUGCAACAGGGCGAGGUCGUGACCCGAGGCACGUGGCAAACCAUAUUUCGCCACGUCCCGUUCGACGAAGCCAGACAGUUGGGCCUUCCACCAGAUAUCGAAACAAUCGUUCGUGAGCUGUUUCCGCUUGGUUUGGGUGUGUUAGUAGUCGACCAGGUGCUGCCCGAAGGCCCCGCCGACGGCUUGUUGCAUGUCGGGGACAUCCUGGUCAGCGUCAGCGGCGCCCACGUGACAACGUUCAUCUGUGUCGAGAGUGUGUUGGAUAGUCAUGUUGGGCAGUCGCUGAACGUCGAGGUCGUUCGCGGUGGCCGGCUGUUGCACGUGGCCAUUCGUGUCCAGGAUCUGCAUGGCAUUUCCCCAUGCAAGUAUUUCCAAAUGGGCAGUACGGUGCUGCAUGAUUUGUCGUACCAGCAAGCGCGCAACUUGUCGUGGCCUGUGCGGGGCGUGUACGUUUCGAAUCCAGGCCACUUGUUCGUGCAGGCCGACAUUCCCCGAGGGGCGCUCAUCGUGUCCGUCCAAGGCGUGCCCAUGUCCAACUUGGACGACUUUAUUCGAGUGUUUUCGCCCCUUGCGACGGGCACCCGUGUCUGCGUGCACUUUAUCGUUCCGUCUCCACGGCAUGUCACGUACUGCGGGAUUGUGACUGUCGACCACCGGUGGUUUCCCGGGCAACUGAGGGUUCGCAACGACGACGACGGUCUGUGGCAGUCGGUAGCGACCCAAACGCCGCCGCAAAGCGUCGUUGUCCCUGUUGUCAACCAUGCGAACGGUCAUGGCAGCGAAACCUCCGUGUUGCCGCCGAUACACGCCUCGUCUGCAGUCCCAACGGCCACCACCACCCUCUUGGCUGCCAUGGUGAUUGUCCGAGUCGAUCUCUUGGUCAUGGUCGAUGGCAUCGUGUGGUCGGGUUUCGAAGGAAUCGGCUACAUUGUCAACGCCACCAAGGGUUAUGUCCUCGUCGACAGAGCCACCGUCCACUCGGGUCUCGGCAACGUUGUCAUCACGAUCGCAGCGGCGCUCGAUGUGCCCGCGACGAUUCGAUACAUCGACCCCAUGGCCAACUUUGCCAUUCUCCAAUACGACCCCAACCUCGUCGACCCCCACUCCGUCACGACUCUGCCGCUCAAUGUUGCCACCGAUCGGUCAACUUCUGACGACGGGCCGUCGGUAGCUGUUGGUGACACGCUUCAGUUUGUAGGCCUCACUCGAUCGUGGCACGUUGUGGCACAGCCAUCGACGGUGACCAAAAUCGAUCGGCUCGUGCUACCGGCAUCGUCAACGCCGUACUUUCGUCCGGGGAACGUCCGCGUAUGGAGUUUCGAUCAAAUUGCGACGAUCUCGGGGCCGUUGGGCGGCGUCCUCACCGACCCAUCCACGGGCCAUGUCAAAGCGCUGUGGCUUCAGUUUUGCCACGGAUUCGAAGACGACCACUCGCCCAUCAUCCGACAUUACGGGGCACCUAUUCCAUUGCUCGAAAACGCGAUCGGGUGGUGCGAUCGGGAUGCGAUUCCGGCCAUGGUCAAAGUGGUGCCGAUUGAAUUUGGCACGACCAAGUUGUCUACUGCACGGGACGGCCUCGGCCUGUCGUCCGAGUGGAUCCAUCGACUCGAGACCAAGCACCGUCGCGACAACACGAGGUAUAUUCUCACCGUGACGCGGUGCUUGGCCGGGUCGCAAGCCAGCACGGAGCUGUGCAGCGGCGACCUCAUCUUGUCCGUCAACGGCGACGUUGUUGCCAACGAAUCCGACUUGUCCGUGUGGUGCGACGACGAUGUGGCUAGCGUCGAGGUCGUGGUGCUUCGAAACAAAGUGGCCGUGACCCUGCCUGCCGUCGAGGCGGAACGACUCGGUACCAUGGGCACCACCCACGUCAUUGUGUGGUGUGGUCUCGUGAUCCAGCCGCCGCCGCUGGCCGUCCUUCAAAUGGGGUUCGUCCACACGGGGGUGUACAUUGCCCAAGUGUACGCUGGCACCCCCGCCGACAAGUGCGCUGUCUAUACCCAGCGCUUUCUUGUCGAAGUCAACGAUAUCCCAACCCCGACCAUGGAGGCGUUCGUGGCGGCCGUCCGCGGACUCGGCCACCACGCGUCGGCGCGCCUCAAGACCAUCUCGCUCAACACACGCGUGCGUAUGUUUACACUCAAGACGGAAUACCACUACAACCCCACCGUCGAGUACAAGUACGAGGACGACCUGCGAAGGUGGUCCAUUACCAAGUGGUAGCGUGGAUCCAGCGACGAUCGGCGAGUGCCGGCGCUCUUCCGACGGUCGCGGCUAGUGCGAGCAUAAAAACAACCAUCGCAAGGUCGUGUGAAUCGCGUGA